AUGAACGAACCAUUGGAAACAAUUUUAUCACCAAACGCUUUAGUGGCACUGAAUUCGGAUACAAAAAUUUUCAAUGCUUGUGAGGAAUUUGCACUGAAUCGAAUUCAUCGUCUAGUGAUACUGGAUCCAAGCUAUGGAGAUGUCUCACUACUUAAUCGAUCACUACAUUUUGCUCAAUGGCUGAAUUAUCAAAUCAAGGACACUGGAAUCGGCCUUGGGAGUGGAGCAAAGUUUUUAAGACGAUCCGUCCUCAAAAGCGGUUCAGCUUAUGCUAGGAUAUCGGAUUUCUUCCUUACCAAUAGUGAACAAAAGAAGGUAUGGCUAUCGAUGUUCUGCACAAGUUCCGAUAUUGGGGGGGCGAUUUGCCAAGUAGAUGAUCCAAAGAUCCUUUCUUACCACGUGCAGGGUUGGUGGAUGCAAUUCCCACACGAGAACCGGCCAUUCUUUGCUUUCUUUUUGAGUAUACUCCUGUUGCUCAAUGUUUGGACGCUUUGUCCUCUCAAAAGGGGAAAAUUGCUGCCUUUUCAUUGU